AUGCUGUCGGUGUCCGACCCGGGGAUGUAUCUCGGGCUGCCUGCUAUUUGGGGAAAAUCUAAGCGUAACAACCUUGCUUUUGUGAAAGGGAGAGGUGACGGUGGAGGACAUCGAAGGAUACAUUGGGUGAAUUGGGAUACUCUGGGUCGGCCUAAGUGUGAGAGGGGUUUGGGAUUUCAGAAUUUCCAGGACUUCAAUGAUGCGUUGCUGGUUAAACAAUGCUGGCGUUUGUUUCUUAAUCCUACUUCCCUGUGGGCUCAGACUCUUAAGGCACGGACUGAUCGAGGCUUCUUUCUAUCAUUGCUUUCUCUUGCUGGUACAUUUGGAAAGCUAGAUGUCCCUUUGUCCCGCUUCCAGCCUUCCUCCAAUCCGGAUCCUCGUUGGUCCCCCCCAACUGCUUCCUUCAUCAAAAUUAAUGUUGAUGCAAGCUGGUUUCAAAUGGAUGGUAAGGCUACGUUGGCAGCGGUGCUGCGGGAUCAUAAUGGGCAGUUUGUAGCGGCCCACAAGUUGUCUAUUGGAGCUCUGUCGGUGGUGUUCGCUGAAGCAAUGGCGUUGCUCAAGGGCUGUAAGUUGGCGGCGGAGCUAGGCUUCCGAUGGAUUGUUGCGGAAUCGGAUUCGCUUGAGGUGGUCUCCUCCUUGAAGGGUGAUAUUUCUAAUGGCAGCUGGGAAGUAUUCCCAAUCCUAGAAAAUACAUUGAUGUUGGGGAAUUCUUUUCAGGGCUGUCGCUGGUCUUGGGUUCCAAGACUGGACAAUCAGUCGGCGGACCGUCUAGCGUCGAGGACUAAUUUGGAGAUGUGCGGUAAAACUUGGGACCGGCGACCCCCAUCUUCGUUGGUUCACAUUCUCAACAAAGAUGGACUUCCUUGCCCUCCGUAA